CGGGCGCCGAGGCCGGGGCGCGCGCGGAGCGGGGCGUGGCAGGGCGGGGCGCGCCGGCCGGGCCGGGCCGGGGGUAUCGGAUGUCACCCCCGGCUCACACCUCGGCCGGGGGGCGGAGGAGCGAACCACUGAGAUGCGGAGACCUCCUCGGUCCUAGAGCGGAGCAGGAAGUGUCCCAGGGGAGGGAGCCGGAGGGCUUCGGCCUUUCCUUUCCUCCGCGUCCGGCGGGCUCCGGAGGCGGUCAGGCCUGCGCGGCCCGCCAAGUGGGACGCGGCGCGGCGGCGCCUCCAUUUGCUCCCACUUCUUCCCUCCUGAGCGGAGCCGUGGUUUUGUGGAUGAGCAGGAGACGGGGUCUCGGCUAAGCCAGGGACGGAGCGGCCGCCGCAGAGGACCCGCCUCAGGAAGGACACCCGGGGCGACCGGACUGGAAGGAUGAGGAGCUGCUGCCGUGGACUUCCGCCGCAGGAGGGAUUCGAGUUAGACGCAGGGAACGAGUUCCAGGCUGUGAGCUCAUUUCAUAAAGGUCUCAAGGGCACGGAAGGUGACUUUGGCUCUGAAGCCUCAAGAUAGCGGCCUUCUCAGCUCGUCAAUUUCAGGUCCUUUCCAGGAGGACCUGGCCACCGAAGGGUCGUCUUCUGCUGCUGACCCCCAUCAAAUCCCAUCAUGCCCACAGCCCUGUGCCCCCGAGUCUUGGCUCCAAAGGAAAGUGAGGAGCCCAGGAAAAUGAGGAGCCCACCGGGAGAGAACCCUAGCCCCCAGGGUGAGCUUCCCAGCCCCGAGUCCUCCCGCCGUCUCUUCCGACGAUUCUGCUACCAGGAGGCGGCGGGCCCCCAGGAAGCCCUGCAUCGCCUCUGGGACCUGUGCCGGGGCUGGCUGCGGCCUGAAAGGCACACGAAGGAGCAAAUCCUGGAGCUGCUGGUGCUGGAGCAGUUCCUGGCCAUCCUGCCCCGGGAGAUCCAGGGCUGGGUGCGGGCCCAGGAGCCGGAGAGCGGCGAUCAGGCUGUGGCUGCUGUGGAGGCACUGGAACGAGAACCGGGGAGACCCUGGCAGUGGCUCAAGCACUGUGAAGACCCCGUGGUGAUUGACGAUGGGGACAGCCCUCCAGACCAGGAGCAGGAGCGGCUGCCAGCAGAACCCCAGAGUGACCUUGCAAAGAGCCAGGACGCCCAGCCCAUGGCCCUGACUCAGGGCCCCGGGCUUCCAAGCAGACUCUCGGGCCAGCUCAGCGGGGACCCAGAGCAAUUCAAUCAGAAUCUCAUGAGAGUGUCCUCUUCAUGGGUGCCAGGUCUGCCCAGAGGGAACUCUGCUGUGGUCCUGCAGGACACUUCCCUUCUUCAGGAAGCGAGUUUGAGGGACGCACAGCCGGUGACUACCCUCCAGCUGCCCCUGAACCGGGUUUCUCCUUUCAAGGAUAUGAUCUUCUGCUUCUCAGAAGAGGACUGGUCCCUGCUAGACCCUGCCCAGACUGGCUUCUACGGAGAGUUCAUCAUUGGGGAGGACUGCGGAGUCUCACUGCCUCCAAAUGACCCAGCUGCUCAGCUGGAUCUCUCCCAGGGAGAGGAGAACGAGCCACGUGUUCCAGAGUUGCAGGACCUCCAGGGGAAGGAUGUGUCCCAGGUCUCCUAUUUGGACUUUCCAAGUCUCCAGCCAUUCCAGGUAGAAGAAAGAAGAAAACGGGAUGAGCCGCAGGUGCCAGAGUUCCAGAUCUGCCAGCAGACAGUGCUCCCUCAAAGCACCUGCCCAGAUGGAGGUGAUGCACCAUUUCCUGACAACAGCCUGGAUGAGGAAGUGACCAUUGAGAUCGUUUUAUCCAGUUCUGGAGACGAGGACUCCCAGCUCGGCCCCUACUGCACAGAUGAGCUGCAGAGCCCCAUGGAGAAGCAGCACAGCCUCCCUACCUCCCACCGGAGCAGCAUUGAGUCAGGGGGUGAGGUGCAGACCUCCUCCAAAAAGUCCUAUGUGUGCCCGAACUGUGGCAAAAUCUUCCGCUGGAGGGUCAAUUUCAUCCGGCACCUGCGAAGUCGCAGGGAGCAGGAGAAGCCACAUGAGUGCUCAGUGUGCGGGGAGCUGUUCAGUGACAGCGAGGACCUAGACGGGCACCUGGAGACCCACGAGGUCCAGAAACCUUUCCGGUGUGGUGCCUGUGGGAAGAGCUUCCGCCUCAACUCCCACCUGCUCUCCCACAGGCGGAUACACUUGCAGCCGGACAGACUUGAGCUGGUGAAGAAAAGAGAGCAGGAGGCUUUGGGGACCAUGGACGGGGAUUCUGCUGCCCUGCUUGCAAAGGGCAAAGCCAAGCUGCGCUUCCAGUGCUGUGACUGCGGGAAGGUGUUCCAGCGCCCCGACCACCUGGCCCGGCACCGCAGUAACACUCACGUGGACAAGUCCCGGCCCUUUCAGUGUCGGUACUGCGUCAAAAGCUUCUCCCAGAACUCUGAUCUCCUCCGCCACCAGCGCCUGCACAUGAAGCGCCGGUCCAAGCAGGCUCUGAACUCCUACUGAGUCAAGGGCGCACACACUGCUGAGGACCGCUCCAGCCUGGGUAGAGCGCAUCCCACUCAUGCUUGGUAGUGACUGGUUCCAGACGCCUCCCCAGGACAGAGACCACAUCCUCCUGACCUUUACUCUCAGGUAGAAACGAGAUAGUGGCCAACUGAGCAUCUGUUCUGUCUCUGCUGUGCCAAAAGCUGGGAGGGCAUGUCACCACCAGCUUUGACUUGCCAAGUGUUUUUCGGGUCUAAGAGAACCCUGUCCAGUGCUUCCCAAACGGUGGAGGGACUGGGGUGCCCUCUACUGCAGUGACCCCUUGGGGGGUCUCUCCCUUACCAACUAACUUUCAGUACACUCCCAUCCCGUCGUGUCUGAACGCCCACCCAUCCUGAGGUCUGGAGGUAACUGUACUUCCUACCUAACAGUAAGAAGCUGCAGGUGGGAUGAUGGGUUAGGAGGAAGGCAGUAAGGUGGGAUGGGACUGGUGGGCAUAAGGGCAGCAGGGCCAAGCACAGCAGGCCAUGUCACAUCAGAAGUCUGAGUCCCGGUCACCAUCUGGUCCAUAAGAACACCUCAGGAUUAUCAGGUGGCCCUUGCAGGUUCAGAAGCCUUGGUGGAGGGCUUUAUAGCUUCUUGCCAAAGGGAAACCUUUCAUUUGUGAUGGAGGUUGGUUAUUAGGGAUUGUGAGUGCAUCUAAGGCAAAGCCCACAUUUUAAAUUGUAUGUUGGCACACACUCCCCAAAGUGUCCUUUCUUUGCACCCCUAAGGUCCUUGGUAUGUGGUUGUGGGGUAGAAGUGAAGUCAUCAUCGUUUGAAAGGCACUUAAGUUUCCCUUCCGGUUGUGUCUAGGAAAGGGGAGCUCAGCUCCGGUGAAUGAGAGGUUCUCUUAUCUGGUGUGAACUGAGCAGGGGAAACAACAGAACCUUUGGCGAAGCCAUUCUCUAUAUAUAUAUUAACGUAGUGUGCCAGUUGUAUCAGUUCAUUAGGGCUGCUGUAACAAAGUACCAAGAGCUGAGUGGCUUAGAACAACAGAAGUUCAUGGUUUCAGUUCUGGAGGCCAGAAGUCCAAGCUCAAGGUGUCAGCAGGGUUGGUUUCUUGUGACGGAAGGGUCUGUUCCAUGCCUCUCCUUUACCGUCAGUGGUUGCUGACAAUUGUUGAUGUUCUUUGUCUCGUCGAAGCAUCACCCCAUGUCUGCGUUCCCCUUUACAUGGUGUUCCUGUGUAUGUGUGUCUCCAAAUUUCCCGUUUUUUAUAAAGACACCAGUCAUACUGGACUAGGGCCUACCCUACCGAUUCCAGUAUGUUCCUGUCUUAAUUGUAUCUGCAAUGACCCUAUUUCCAAAUAAGGUCACAUUCUGAGGAACAGGGGUUAGAACUUCAACAUGAAUUUGGGGGGAUGGGGAGACACAAUUCAACCCAUAACACCAGAUAAUCCUGAGGUUUUGCUGUCAUUCCUGAUUCACAGGUGAGUCAAUACAAACUUGAGUUAGCCUGCUGUCGCUCCUAUUGGAAGCAGGAUUCAGAUCCAAGCUUUUGCACCCAGGGUAGGUGUCCUCUGCAUAUAGCCUUUAAAGUUCGUAGCCUGGGGCUCUGGACUGGGAGUGGCCACUCAGGCACUGAAAGCCAUGGUCUUGUUCCUGGCAGACUGUCCAGGCUGGCUUGGCCCAGUGAGGAGAGAGCAUGGAGGCUGUGGAGUGUCAGUGACCGAGUCAGAACGCCAGCCACCAGGCAUGCGUCUUGUAUUUCUAUGUCAGGUCCCAUUAGCAGGCAGUAAGGCUGGACGAAUGACUGCAAGGCCCUUUGCUCUUUGUUAGCCACUUCACUAUCACCUCGAGAGACACUGCUGGCACAAACUCAGUGAAAGAGUUACAGAGUUUUAUAAUUACGAUUACCGUGCCGUGUAGACUCAUCUACGUACCCAGGAACAGUAAAUGCAAUAAAAUAAUUUGGUCAUACCCUGAACAAGAAAGAAACUUUUGGGGUUCUUUGUUUUCCAAAUAGUUUGCCUCUUGGAUUGAUCUGCCAGGAAAAGGGGAAAAUAUGAAUCUUGAAAGCCAAGGGAGGGGAAAAUUCCAAGUAGAAUGCAGAUUCUGUGUACAUUUACCCCACUCACCUAUGCACUCUUGCCCAAGGAUUCCAUUAAGAGGGAAGGUUAUGAACCCACCCACUUCAGACAUUUGUCUAAAAGAGGAACACUGCCCUACCUAGUAUAUUUUAUCUGUAAAAUCAGAUCAUAAGAGAGACAAAAGGAAUGUAACAGAAUUGAAACCUUUGGGGACGCUGUGCAUCUGUUCAGUACCCACCAAAUAUUGUGAGGGAGUCCCCCAUUCACCGACGCAAACCUAACCAAGGUACCUAGCUAAUCAGAAGGUCACCUUCCCCCUGAAUUCAGAAACCCUUCUGGGUGGUGCAGCUCAAUUCCCAGGUUCUUCCCAUGCAAAAGAACCAGUGGGGUUACCUGCUGUGGAGAAAGCUCCUCCAGAAGAUAGGAGAACUGACCCACUUAGUCCCUUCCCACCCACCCUUCCUGGGUGGCUGGGCAGACAGGUGAGCUAUGUCUCUGCUGUGCCAUGGAUGUUCAGAGACCCCACAUCUGAAAAGCAUCUGUCCUCCCUGUUCCUCUGAUCCCUUGGCAUUGUUCCCAUCAAUUCACAGGUGCAUAAUAAAAA